GGCGGCUGCAUCACCAGAGGCGACGCCGCCGCCGCUGUUGCCGCAUUUGGCGGCACUCGAAUGACAAGUGGGAAAGAAGUGACUCGACGUGACGCCAGCUCCGCCGGCGGCUGCAUCACCAGAGGCGACGCCGCCGCCGCUGUUGCCGCAUUUGGCGGCACUCGAAUGACAAGUGGGAAGGAAGUGACUCGACGUGACGACAGCUCCGCCGGCGGCUGCAUCACCAGAGGCGACGCCGCCGCCGCUGUUGCCGCAUUUGGCGGCACUCGAAUGACAAGUGGGAAGGAAGUGACUCGACGUGACGACAGCUCCGCCGGCGGCUGCAUCACCAGAGGCGACGCCGCCGCCGUUGUUGCCGCAUUUGGCGGCACUCGAAUGACAAGUGGGAAGAAAGUGACUCGACGUGACGACAGCUCCGCCGGCGGCUGCAUCACCAGAGGCGACGCCGCCGCCGCUGUUGCCGCAUUUGGCGGCACUCGAAUGACAAGUGGGAAGGAAGUGACUCGACGUGACGCCAGCUCCGCCGGCAGCUGCAUCACCAGAGGCGACGCCGCCGCCGCUGUUGCCGCAUUUGGCGGCACUCGAAUGACAAGUGGGAAGGAAGUGACUCGACGUGACGCCAGCUCCGCCGGCGGCUGCAUCACCAGAGGCGACGCCGCCGCCGCUGUUGCCGCAUUUGGCGGCACUCGAAUGACAAGUGGGAAGGAAGUGACUCGACGUGAGGACGACAGCUCCGCCGGCGGCUGCAUCACCAGAGGCGACGCCGCCGCCGUUGUUGCCUCAUUUUGCGGCACUCGAAUGACAAGUGGGAAGGAAGUGACU